UCUUCAAUAUAAACAUCAAGGAAUAAUAAUCACUUGUACUCCUAGAAAUCAAGAGAAACUCAUGGAUGAGAAUUACUUUUAGGACAUGAUUGAAACUUUAAAUUUAGGCUCAGUUACAAUCUAAACUACAAUUACUAUUUGAACAUUGAUAUUACAAAGAAAUUAGAGGACAUGGAUACUACACUUUACAAGUCUAGGAAGUAUAAAAUAAAGAAAACGAAGAACUAUUUUAAUGAGCAAAAGUAUUUUCUCUUGUUAUGUUCCUUGUAACUCUCCUUGGAACUAUGUAUUCUUGUUCUUUUUAUUCGUUUUCAAUCAUUCAAUCAUCAUAUUUGUACGGAGAGACUAUCAAAGCUAUAAAACCAAUCCCUGCUACUUUAGAUAUCAAUUCUACUAUAUAUGAUAUGUCUAUGAUUUCAAUAAAGUCUUCUAACACUUUAACGAGCUUAUAACAUUUUAGGAUUGUUUAUUAACCUUGUGUUUUCUAUAAUUUGUAUUAUUUUGUUAUUACAUUGUUUUUCUUCAUUUUCUAUAGGGUUGACUCGUUAAAAAGACAUAUUCCUGAUUCUGGUCAAGAUGUAUUGCCAGAACUUCAUAUGAUUGCUCAAAAGUUUGAAGAGAAGAUUUUUAAUGCUGCAACAAGCUGGCCUGAUUAUCUACUUAAAAUUUCUUCAAAGAUGCAUUCGAUAGACACUGGAUGUCAGUGCACCAAGGCCAACCCACCAAAUCAAGUCACCUACAUUAAAGUUGAAGCUCAGCAAUCAGACACGCAGAGUGUAAUAGUGCCCACGCCAUCGCCAAAAAUAUCCCUAAAGCGCCACCAACAUCAGAUGGAUAACGAUAACGGGAGACCUAAUCAAGGUACUGAAACCAUUAGUCAUUGGAGAGAUGGACUGCAUCCAGAGACACGCCAAAUAAAGUUCAACAUGAUAAUGGACAUGUUAAAAAGACAUGUUCCUUAUUCUAGUCAAGAAGGAUUGCAUGAACUUUAGUGUAUUGCUCAAAGGUUUGAAGAGAAGAUUUUUACUACUGCAACAAGCCAGUCUGAUUAUCUGCGGAAAAUAUCUAUGAAGAUGCUUCCACUGGAGA